AUCUUCUGGCUUUUAGGACGUGUCUGGAAGAUGGAAGCUGGCAGGACAACUGGACAAAUUACACCGCUUGCCUACAAGUUGACCUCUCGAAAAAUGAAUCCUUUCUUGCAGCGACCUAUACCCCGAAGAUACAAAUCGAAAACCCUCAAUACGUUCAGCUAAUUCUAGUAUUGAAGGACAUCAUGAUUGUGACAACAAUUAUGUCGCUUCUCUUUUUGGUCAUCGCCUUCUUCAUCUUUUCCUGCUUCAGAUCAUUGCAGUGCAGCAGAAAUUCCAUUCAUAAGAACCUGGUGGGGUCGUUCAUCUUCAGAUUCAUUUUGGUCAUCGUACAGUUUCAGCCAUACAUGACCGGUACUGGUCCGUCGUACAGAGACUUGGAUUGGCUAUGUAAGACAGUGCUCAGUCUUCAUCAGUACUUCCAGAUGGCGAAUUUUGCCUGGAUGCUUGUAGAAGGCAUAUACCUGCACAACCGACUGGUGGUGUCUGUUUUUCCCUCAGCUGCUCCUUUCAAAUUAUUUUAUUUUAUCGGCUGGGGUGUUCCUUUAUUUAUUACAAGUCUCUGGGCCGCAUUGAUGCAACAUUUUUAUGAAGACACCUGCUGGAUUGGAUUCGCACAAUAUCCUUUAAUCUUCAUCCUCGCUGUGCCGAUUCUACUGGCGUUAAUGGUGAACAGUGCCUUUCUGGUCAACAUUAUUCGUGUGCUAGUGGUCAAGUUGCGGACUAACAACCUUGUGGAAUCCAGAAGAAUGAGGAAAGCUAUUAAAGCCACGGUGGUCUUGCUGCCGCUUCUGGGGGUGGCCAACCUGUUGUUCCUAGUACAGCCAGUGAAGGAAGGCACCCUUGUCAUGUCCGUGUACAGAGUUAUCAAUGGACUGCUGCCAUCAUUGCAGGAACGGCCCUCGUCUGUUGUACGAUGCAAAUGGCUUAGCUUCUUAGUCACCAAGAGAAGCCAUGU